CUGGAAAGUUGCCAUGGCUCAGCAUGUGCUAAGAAGUAUCUUGCUGAUCUACAAUGCGCAGAUGAUAUUGUCUGGGUGGGUAGUGCGGGAAGCAGGUUUUGUCAUCUGACGGCUUUCAUAUCUAGCACAUCUUCGAAGUUUUUAACGUCCAGGCUUUAUGCUGAGAAACUCACAACUCGUGGUUUGUGCGCCGUAGCACAGUGUGAAUCCCUGCGAUACAAGCUAAUCGGAGGAUUAGCCGUUAGACGCGCUUGUUACGGAGUUCUACGCUUCAUUAUGGAGUCACAGGCAGUUGGUUGCGAGGUGAUCGUUUCCGGCAAACUGCGAGGACAGAGAGCAAAGUCGAUGAAAUUCGUCGAUGGCCUGAUGAUUCACAGCGGAAACCCUGUCAACGAUUAUAUCCAAAAAGCAGUGAGGCAUCAUAAAAAGAUUUCAUUUAUUAACAACGCCAAAGUGGAUCACUGUCAAAUGUGUUCAACCGAUGCCAAGGAUUUGGCGGGUGUCUGUGACUGA